AUGCAUUCAUCUUACGAAUGUGUCUAUGAGUGUGUUACAGAUGUGAUAGUAUGCGGUAUAUCGGCGAUGGUAAUGGGCACUGUGGCUUUCAUCGAGGAGCGGCAAAAGUUCAACAUGGGGCUCGGCAUUCCAGCUGGGGGUAUCAGUGUUUUAGCUGCCGCGGUGUCCAUCCAUACAUCUCGAGGCUGGGGAGCCGUGGCAAGUACUGCAAUCGGCGCAGCCGCCGCAAGUAUUCUCUGGGCUGCUGCCGUAUGCUUCCUACUUGCCUUAAUUGUGCAGUGCUGCAGAACUAUACUGGAUCCACCUGGAUUUAACUAUAGUGACAUGCACAUAGAAGAAGACACAAAACCAUCGACUCGCGAUUUGAUAGUAAUUGCAUGCGUGCAAAUCGCCCUCGCUGCCGCUACGCUCCUGAGCGCAGCAGUCUGCGCGCGCAUCGACUGCAGUAAAUGACGCGAGCCGCAGCGCUCGCUUACGCGCCGUCGCGUUAGUGAAGCACCCGCGAUCGUCACCGCUGCCGCUGUCGCUUCCGCAGCGCCUGUACCCCCACCCGAAGACGUCACGGUUGAGCGGGAGAAAGGUGGGCGCGUGGCCUGGCUGAUAUAAACUUACCAACUUAGAAUAAACGUCGAAGAGGUCGACAAACAGGAAAAAUUUGGAAAGUGACAUUGCAUGAAGGUUUCUUUGGUCUGUAAGGUUUAUGUAAUAAUAUAAAUCAAGGAAACAUAGUGUUAGGUAGUUAAAAUUUAGCACGUAAAUAUGAUUGUAGGAGGUGGUUGUAGUAAUAUUAGGCACACACAUCUGUAUAAUUUAAUUAAUGCAGUAUCCAUGUAGUUUUAGUAAUAUAC